AGAUGGCAUGGUGGUAGGGUUGCCAACUCCUGGUUGGGAAAUUCCUGGAGAAUUUGGGGGGUGGGGCCUGGAGAGGGUGGGAUUUAGUGAGGAUGGGGGCUCAGCAGGAUAAAAUGCCAUAGAGCCCGCCCUCCAAACCUGCCUUUUCCUCCAGGGGAAGCUGAUCUCUUUAGCCUGGAGAACAGUUGUAAUUCUGGGAAAUCUCCAGGCCCCACCUGGAGGUUGGCAAGCCUGAUUGCAUGCAUUAAGAUCGGUUUGAGGAAUUCCUGGAGAUUUGGGGGGGGGCAGAGCCUGGGAGGGGAGGUUUUGAGGAGGAAUCUUGGAGGGGGUUUAUAGUGGCAUGGAGUCCACCCUCCGAAGCAGCCACGCCCUCCAGGGGAAGUUAUCUCUGUAGUCUGAAAAUCAUUCCUGAUUCCAGGAGAUCUCCAUAUCCUGCCUGGAGGGCGUGGUGUGUUGAAACAGGCCAUAUUGGAUGUGUCUUUAGGACUGCAAGCCCUUCUGGGGCUGCUUGCUGGCCUUCGGCCUGGAAGCAGGUUUGGAGCUUCUUUCCACAAUGGCAGACCAAGGGGAGGAGACGCUGUUAUAUGUGGAGCAUCGCUAUGUUUGCUCAGAAUGCAGCCAGCAGUUCAGCUCCUUGGAAGAAGCCCUGGUGCAUCAACAGAGCCACAUGUGCUCCCAAGAGCAACAGUAUGAAGUGGUGGGGUUGGCCGAGGCUGGGCUGGUAGCCGGUGGCGAGGCUGGCCUCUAUCAGACUGUGACUGUGCAGGAAAGCCAGUACCAGUGUCUGGAAUGCGGGCAGAUCCUCUUGUCUCCAGGGCAAUUAUUGGAACACCAGGAGAUGCACCUCAAGAUGGUGACCCAGGAGCCAGAACCUUUGGUGAAACCUGUGAGCUCCAGUCAAAUCCAUUAUGAGUGUAUAGAAUGCAAAGCCCUGUUCACCAGUCAGGAUGUGUGGCUCGCCCACCGGCAAACUCACCGCAAGCCCCCUGAGAACCCGGCCCCUCCUCCUCAGAACCGGGCUCUCGUAAACCUGGAGCAUUCAUACCGUAAGCCAGAAGACGGGGUGGAUUCUGGCGGUACUGUGCAGCUGUUGCUGUACGAGUGCAGUGAGUGCUUCCAGCUGUUCCAGUCGACCGCAGAUUUCUUGGAGCAUCAGACCACACACCAAGUGAUCGCUCCAUCCCCUCCAACGCGAGCCAGGGAGCAGCCUGCCUUCCGCCCUGCAGAGACGAAGGAACUGCCACCCCCGCCGCCGUUGAGCUUGGUGGGUGUGCACAAUGGGGCCGUGCCCCCACCGGCCCCACCCAGUGUCACGGCAACAGAUCACAGCUAUGAGCUGAAGAACAACCCCGGAGAGCAGCCCCCCCGCAAAACGAAGCAGGCCGCCAAGGACCAUGGGUGCACUGAGUGCGAGCAGAUCUUUCCCUCCAUCCACAAACUCCAGCUGCACAUGAGGAGCCACCGGCAGGGAGCCUUCAAAUGUCCGCUGUGCAGCAAGGUGCUGCCGUCUCCGGGAGCACUCGAGAAGCAUCGAGAAGAGCACAGCGGGGAAUCACGCUUCCUGUGUGUGGACUGCGGUCUGGGUUUUGGGACCGAGGCGGUGCUGUUAUCCCACCGGCGCACUCAUUCAUCAAACCCUCUGUACCGCUGCACUUGCGGGAAAACCUUCAUUAACAUGACCAAGUUUCUCUACCACCGGCGCUCCCACAGCGCCAAUUCAGCGCAGUCCAACGAGUUGCCUGAAUCUCCUCAGGAGGACCAGCCUAUGGAGGAGGAACCGCCUGAGGCCCCUGAGCCACCCGAAGAGCAGCAAGAGGUGGUCCCGCUGGCCAUCAUCUGCUCGGUGGACAAUGCUGCCACCACCUUGGUGGAUGGCAUUGCUGUGGAGCAAAAACCUGAUGAGUUCCAGUGCCAGUUGUGUAACCACGCCUUUCCCAAGCAGGCUCAGCUGUCGCGCCAUCAGCGCUUUGCCCACAAGAUGGAGCGCCGCCACAAAUGUCUGACCUGUGGCAAGAUGUUCAAAAAGAAGUCCCACAUGCGCAACCACCUUCUGACCCACACAGGGGAGAGGCCGUACCACUGCAAGGAGUGUGGCAAGAGCUUCAACUCUCCAGCCAACCUGCAGCGCCAUCGCCUGACGCACACAGGCGAGCGUCCGUAUCGCUGCGACAUAUGCCAGAAAUGCUUUACACAGUCGUCCACUUUACAGCAGCACCUCCUGGUGCAUAGCCGCCAUUACCCUUACAAAUGUCAAGAGUGCGGCAGCGUCUUCCACCGACCCUACCGCUUGCUCAUGCACCGUUACCACCACACUGGGGAGUAUCCCUACAAGUGCCAGACCUGCGGGCGAUCCUUCUUGCUUCGCCGCCUGUUGGAGGUCCACCAGCUGAGCCACACAGGCCAGCAGCCCCAUCGCUGCACGUCUGGCUGUGGGGCUGCCUUUGUCACUGCCGAGCAGCUGAAGGAACAUAAGUGUGGCAAGAUGAGCCGUCACUUCGAAUGCUCGGUCUGCGGCAAGAAAGUGGGCUCGACUGCACAACUGAGAGCCCACGAGCGCCUGCAUGGGGACAUCCAGUCUCCUGAAGGGGCAGACGAGGAGCCCCCUAUGCUCGAACCGCCACCGCCCCGGCCACGUCGCCCAACCUGCCCCAAGACAUUUGAGUGCAGCGACUGCAAGAAACUGUUCAGCACAGAGACGUCGCUUCAGGUUCACCGUCGCAUCCACACUGGCGAGCGCCCGUACCCUUGUCCAGAUUGCGGGAAGGCCUUCCGGCAGUCCACGCACCUCAAAGAUCACCGGCGCCUGCACACGGGGGAGAAGCCCUUCAAAUGUAACGAUUGUGGGAAGGCGUUCACCAUCGCCGUACGUCUGGCCGAGCACAAGCGGAUUCACACCGGGGAGCGCCCCUACCAUUGCGACGCCUGUGGCAAGGCCUACCGCUCUUUCUCCAACCUCUGGAAGCACCGCAAGAUGCAUCAGCAGCAACGCUUGCAGCAUGAGCAAGAAGUUAUGGCAGAGGCCGUCGCCGCCGCCGCUGCAGCUGCCGCAGCGGCAGCAGCAACAUCAUCAACAUCAGCUGGUGAUCAGGUCUAUGGAAACACCGUCACCAUUAUGGAGACCAUCCCGGUGGUGGAGACCAUCGAAAUCUAUCCCACUGAUGGGGGUGUUCACUUUGAGAACAUCCAGGUGGAAAAUGUCCAGAUUGGGGGGGUUUGAGUUGGGCUGGGGGGAGUGAGGAAGGGCAGCUGAUCACGCUCUGUGGACUGGGCGCUGCUGUUCUCUGGCUCCCCCUUAUGGGGCUCAGGUGUAGCUGCAACAACUUCUACCCUCUCCCCUGUCCUUCCCCACUUUUAACCUGUGCUCCCUCUCCUGUAUGCAUCCUGGCUAUUUCUGGAAUGUGGGCACGUCGCCCUUUCUGCUGGGUUUUAUAGAUGGAUUGGGUGCCAUUCUCUCCUUUCUCCCCUCCCCCCUCCUGGCCCUUCCUCCAGGGCAGCAGUGCUGUCAGCUUGGGUACUCCAUGCCACCAUGGGCACUGCUCCUCCACCCCGUGCUGUUGACCAGGCCUUUCUCCUUCAAGUGUAUGAAAUGUGGCUUUUCUUUUAUGACUUGGGAAGUUCCUAAGAAUGCCCACUAGCAGCCUUCUCCGUGGCUGAUCCUUAUGGCGAAUUUUCCCCCCCUUUUGUUUGUUUGUUUAAUAGAGAUCUCCAGGGAGCCAACUCCCCUGCCAGGGUACAGUCUGGAUUGUAAAUACCACUUGACUGAAUUUCUCCUUUACCCCGAGGGAAUCUCUCCCUGUUUGUCCGUAAUCCCCAUCUCCCAGUCAUCCUCCUGUGGCCCAUAACAGCAUCAAUUGUUUGGUUUCUUGCUAACUGGAUACCUUCCUAUGGCCACGGAGGGCAUUUUUGUUAUUUCGUAUUAAAAUUAAAACAGAAAUCAAAGUGCUCGCAACCUCUAAAGUGUGAUUCUUUUUUCCUUUGAGGGAGGAGAAAAUUGUGACAAAGAUGCUGUAUCAGGGUUACAUGUAAAGAGAGGCUCUAGAGCAGUUGAUGGAGUUUUUAAUCGAUCCACCAUUGAGCAUUUUAGUACAUUCAAAAUCAACUUGCUGGAAGAAGCACCACAAGGAUUGAAAGGGCAGAUCGAUCAAAUAAAAAAAAAACUCUGCAUCUAA